GUCAGUAUGACCAUGAAUGAAGAAUUUCCAACUACCCACUCUUGCAGCUCUCCUCGUCCUAAACGGAACAUCUAAAGGACCGCGGUCUCGGCCUAAUUGGAUUUAUUUUCUCUCCGAUCCGAAACCGAGUAAAACUACAAUAACAAUCCUGUAACUGCGUUAGCUGUAUGAUUGAUGGAGCCCAAUAAUUUCACAUCGUACGACGUUCUAAAUCUAAUCCUUAUCCUUGAUUGUCAGCAAUAUUGGUAGUAGUUCAAGCAUUUGCGGUCCUACCUUCACCCACAAUGAUGCAAACUACAAGCAGAAGGAGAACUGCUCCGCUCGAUGUGGUGCCCCCGUUUUCGCGGAGGCUCUCCCUUGUUGCAGCUGCCGUGCUGGGAAAUCCACCCUUGUUCACCAACUCCGGCUUCGAUCUGCGACGUGUUGAUUUUACGACAACUCCCGUUUAUUUCUUUGUCUCCGCUCUCGACCACACGGCGGGGACACACGAGAAGAAGAGCAUCGACGCGGAGGAAGAUGAUAGUAGCGCCGCCGGAUUUUUUACACAGCCUACUUCCAAAAAGGGCUUCAUGCACCGUCGGGCGAACGACGAGGCCGCGUCGCUUUUCGCGGCCACCUUUUCCUUCCUCGAACAGGCGGCUUCGAUGCUGGAAAAAGCAGUGGCCCAAGGACAGGGCCAGCCGGUCGACGAGAGGUGCUGGAAAGAAACUCAGAACGACCAAGGUGUACCUCUGUACAAGACUCGCGACAAGUGUGAGCAGUGCAGUGUUGGUGCGGAUGAAAACGAAGGUGGUCUCCACCCUUGUCCCGUGAAGCCAUCGGAGACGGGAAUCUGUUGCUGCGGGGACAAAAAAGGAACCAUUUGCACGUGUGACGUUCCGGAGGAAUUGUGGCCGCCGUACACCGUGGAAACGGGGGACCAGGCUGCUGAUGGAGAUGCUCCGGCCACGUGGAAACAGGACUACGAGGCGAAAAAAGAACCGGCCAUCGCAGGGGCGACAGAGCGAAAGGACGCCACGGGCUACCACGCGCUGCCGAAAACGACCUAUAGUCCAGCAGACAGCAAUGAUGAACACAGCGUGUUGAACACCAAUCGGUAUCCGAAAGACAAGUUGUUCGCUGGCCGCAAAUACCAGAUCCAGUUCCAUACAAAGCAGCAGAGUAUGUCAGAGAAAAAGCCAGCUCGUGCACAAUAUAGAAAAGAAAACUUCUGCGGAGUUUCUAUAGAUACACGGACAGACACAGAGCCAGACAGGAAGAGAUGAAGCGAGUCUGUCACGAGCGAUGAAGGACGCUAGUGAGGCAACUGCAACCCGCAUGAGCAUUUGUGUGUACUUAUUUAAGUAUCCGUAUUGUUCCUGCUCGUAUUUUUUGUCUACAACGUACUUAUUUGUAUGGAGUGAGGUCACCGAACGGUUCUAACCGGGGAGUUUUUUUGACACCCAGACAGCAAAACGACCGGCAGUUUUGAAGCGGGCGAAAGUGUUUUUUGACGAAAAAAAUUUGCACUUAUCAAGCGGCCGGGGCUUUGUUGUCAAACAAGCCCGGUCGAAAGCUAUCGAUUCGCACUUGAUAAAACGACGCAGGGGAGCCGGCAAAAGGGGCGCCCUUCUGAGGCGCCCACCGCCUUGGUUUCUGGCGAUUUGGGGCGCCCAAAAAGGGGCGCGCAAAAAACGCGCCCAAAAUCAGAACAGCGAAACAGCAUGGCACGGCCGCGAUUUCGGAGCAUUUUGGGCGGCCGCGAAAGCGGCCGCCUUUUCGCCGGUUUCAGAGCCUGGGAAGCUUUGCAAAAAGCGCUGGCGAGAAAUAUAAAAACGCAAAAAAGAAAAAGCGCGCCAGACGCGCAAAGCCACUCCGCAUGCUAUGGGCCCGAUUUUCCCUCGCUUUUUGGGCGCCCCCCGUGGCGCCCGGAUCGGCCUCAUAGCAUGGGGGCUGGCUUUCGGAAAGGAAUUUCGAAAAUUUGCCAAAAUUUGCGACGCUUAUCAGGCGGCCGCCAUACCGUGGGGCCUAACGUUACUCACGGCGGUAUGGCGGGCCCAGAAAAAUCAAAGCCGCGGCCAAGGCGACGGCCGGCAAGAAAACGCCCACGACCUCACUACCUCCGCCUCGGCGGCUAUAUUUGGUAAUCAUGUGCUAGCUUUUUCUUUGGGAAAUCAACAGCAAAUGGCAGCAUUUUAUACCCAGAACCCUCGGCCAAAAACCCGCUGGUUUCCACCCUGGUUGCGUUUCCGCGAGCGCACGCCGCGGUUUCCAAUCAGAAAACGAACCAAGUUGCCGUGUAUUUUCACGGCGCGACAGGGGGCUUGUACGGGAGCCAGGGGGGAUUCAUCGGCAACGGCGGCUUUUACCCGGAAAACCUGGUGCAAGUCUGCUAUGGAAGCGUCAGGACUGAAAUCGUCAAAGUUGAAAUAACUUCUCAUGCAUAAACUGCAAGGCAUGAAGUGCCUCUCUUGCAGGGACGGCAAGUGAGGCCGACGGUCAGCCUGUUUGGGGUCUGCGGUAGAGCUGCAAAUGUAGCAUGACAAAAGACGCCUUCGGUCUCUAAACAGCAUGACAAGCUGGAUUUAGACGGUGCCGAAAUUUGUCAUGCACCGCUUGAAAAUUGGGCUUCCAACUGGUAUCGAUUUUAUGCAUUACAAGUUAUUUCAACUUUGUCGAUUUCAAACCUGACACCUCCAUAUCUGUGACCGCUUGUACCCGGAGUUACAGCGGGUCAUGUGGCUGUUUCCUGCCGCGAUGCAGUUCGGUGCCGACCCUAGCAAAGGACAAACAAAAUGGAUUCAGUACACCGAGGACUACACUACAAAUCGCCCGACCGCCGGCCUGGAGCACGCAGACCUGCAGGACUUCACCGACAGCAGUCUGGCCGUUUACGACGAUGUGGCAAGUUUGUUGUCCCCGAAUCACGUGACAGCGCCGUGCUCCUUGGCCAUGGGCGGAUUUUCCCAAGGGGGGCUGUUGUCCUUGAAAGUCGCUGCGGAAAGGAACCCGAAGGAGUUGGCUCACCCGUGUACGUAUCAACUGUAAAAAUGUCUGGGUCUGGAAACUUGUGAUGCUGAAUUGCGCAUGAUUGAAGCGCUUCCAAUGGCAGGCAAGCAUGACAAGUUUUUGAGAGGCCUGCUGAUGCCUAGCACGCAUUACAAAUUGCGUUUUUGCAUGACAAAGAAAGCCUCUGUUUUGCUGCUCAUGCAACACAGAUUUUCCACGAAUGCAUGACACGCAUUACAAGUUCCACUUUUCCAGACCCAGACACUUUUACAUUUGAUAGUACGCUGACGGGCGCGGCGGGGUUCUCGACCUUUUUUCACAAGAACCGGAAGCCUGACGAGCCUGUGAAGGCCUGGAAAGUGGACGACGAGCUCGAGCGAAUUGAAAAUUUGCACAAAAGCCAGGGCCACCUCCGGCCCGGGCAGUCUUUUCGCACGCGGCUGUUUUACGACAAGCACGACCGCCGGACGCUGGCCAAGAACCAGUUCAUUGAGCCGGAAGGUCAUGGUGAAGCACCUGCCGCCGGCCAGCAGCCUCCUGCGACUUCCUCUAUGCAGUCACAGCUGAAAGUCGGUAAGACGGCCGAGGAGAAGCGGCAUUCUGCCGGGGGCGCUUCCGUGGAUGCAACAGGCUACAAGCAGCACACUUACCACCUGGUCGAGUGGCCCACCUGCCGCAUUCCAGACGGCGACCCGGCGAAGGGCGUGCCGGGGGUGGGCCUGUCUCCUACUGGUGUGCUUCAGAAGAACAUGGAGAACCACCACCUGGUGUCAGAACUAUCAAAUGCAAAAACGUCUGGAUCUGGUGGGAGAGUGGAACUUGUAAUGCUGUCUGCGGAUUCUAAAAAUAUCUGCGUUGCAAUUGCAUGAGCAGCAAGAAGAGGAGUCCAGUUCUUGGCACGCGGAGAGCAGGGUAUUUCUCAUGCGUAGUUAGCAUCAAGAAGCUCUCGAAAAAUCUGUGAUGCCAGCACCAGCAUGACAGACGUCACAGGUCAUGCAAAAUGUGCAUGACAAGUUCGCAUCCUUCCAGAUGACCCAGACAUAUUUGGAAUGCAUAAGAACACCGGUUGGAUGACGUGUGUCGGUUUUACGCGGAGAGCCUUAUGAAAUGCAAAAGUGUCUGGGUCUGGAAGGUCGCCAGGUUUGUCAUGCAUAUUUUGCAUGACUCAGGAUGUCUGUAAUGCAUGAUCUAGCAUCACAAAUUUUGUGAGGGCUUCCUGAUGCCUAUACCGCAUGACAAAUGCUCUUUCCGUGUAGCAAAACUGUGACGCUCUACUUUGCUGCUCAUGCAAUACAGAUUUUUUUGGAAUCCAAAAUCAGCAUAACAAGUUGCAUUCUUCCAGACCCAGACAUUUUUGCAUUUGAUAAGCCUGCGCGAACAACAACUUCCCGGGGAGAGGAAACAACUGCCACCGUUCUCUCGGGGACAGGCGGGCCCGAAGAAUGCCCCAGAGGGGAAGUGCGCGGGAGGCGGCUCAGCUUGCGGGGGACGGUGAGGGAGAAGUGAGAAGAGGAGUAGUAGAAUGCUCAAGCAGUACAGUAAAUAGAAUAAACACGCGCAAGAAUCACACAUGAAAGAAUGUACCACCAUACGCAGCACAUACGACAGCACACAGCGCAGGAGCAUACAAUAUUUUGCACUACUAAACUAUGAAUCACUUGUGAAUCGUAUUCGUAUCAAUAAUCAAUCUAAUAUUUGACUCUAGAAAUAAUUUUCAGAUCGCCGUGUUGAAGUAUCCAAGCAUGAUCCGUAGGGACCCCCCCUUCCGAAUCAAACAUGAUCGUAUCUACGCUGCAUGCAAAAAUAGAAUAACCCCACCUAGUUGUACCGGUCCCUUUCGCGUUUCUUUUUGUGGAUUUCCGCAUAUCAUCACAGAUGUCACGGCACUGUAGAAAGCCUACGAUACAAACACAGUUUUUUUUGGCAUUACCCCACUCUCUCGCCGUUGUUCUCCCCAGCAUAUGGUACCUACUAGAUAAAAGCCGCCCAGCAUAGUACUCUCUGCGCCCCCGUCUCCACAUGACGAAGUCGGAUCGGAUUCUGAUUUUGCAUGACACAGGGGAUUUCGGAUCUGAAUUUCAAGUUUAACCCUCAUAGAAAGAU